ACUCCGCGCCCUUGCGCUCGCGGUGCCAAAAGGAGCCCGCCCUGAUUGAAAAGGCGCAGUGCAUGCCCGCUCGCGUCACUCCGCGGGCGGAGGACGCACGUCGGGGCGCGGCUCCCUGGCUAGCGCAAGGCUCGGGCUCUGUCACUCGCGCCCUGUGGAGGACCCGGAGCAUCCGAGCGCCUGCCUGGCGGCGGCAGCAACAAUGCACGGAACAGCCCGCGCUCCGGCCACCAGCGUGAGUGCGGACUGCUGCAUCCCGGCCGGCUUGCGUCUCGGGCCGGUGCCUGGCACCUUCAAGCUGGGCAAGUACCUGUCAGACCGCAGGGAGCCCGGGCCCAAGAAAAAGGUGCGCAUGGUGAGAGGGGAGCUGGUGGACGAGUCGGGGGGCUCCCCUCUGGAGUGGAUAGGGUUAAUCCGGGCAGCCAGGAACCCCCAGGAACAGACUCUGGAAGCUAUUGCAGACUUACCCGGAGGACAGAUCUUCUACCGAGCGUUACGAGACGUCCAGCCAGGGGAGGAGCUGACUGUGUGGUAUUCUAACUCCUUGGCUCAGUGGUUCGACAUCCCCACAACAGCGACUCCGACCCACGACGAGAAAGGGGAGGAGCGCUACAUUUGCUGGUACUGCUGGAGGACAUUUAGAUACCCCAACAGCCUUAAGGCACACCUGCGUUUCCACUGCGUGCUCAGCGGCGGCGGGGGCAGCGCCUUCCUGCACCAGGAGCACGCGGCUCGCCAAGGCGCUGCCCCGGCGGCGGAUGGCCUCGGCCUCUGCCCUAAACUGCAGGCGCCUGACUUCGCCACGCCCGCCCAGACUGGUGCUUUGCGGCCCCACCCGCAGGGCCCGCCACCCCCUCAGGCCUGCGGGGCGCGGGAAAGCGUCAAGCGCGAGGUCUCCUCAGCGCCCUUGGCCACCUCAUCGCCCCCAGGCAAGUGGGGGCCGCCCAAGAAGGGCAAGGAGCAGCUGGAUCGUGCCCUGGACAUGAGCGGGACCGCCCGAGGACAUAGCCACUUUCUCGGCAUCGUGGGCGGCUCCCCGGCGGGGGGCGGUGGUCUGGCCUUCUACCCUGGCGUGCGCUCAGCUUUCAAACCCGCCGGCUUGGCCAGGGCAGCGGUGGCGGCGCACGGCGACUCGUACCGGGAGGAGAGCGGCGGCAAGCAGGGGGCUGGUCUAACCUUAGGCAGGUUGCUGGGCGGGGGCCGGGCAGGCGGGCGCCCGGGGAGCGGGGAGAACCCGACGGCGGGCGGUGCGGGCCACCAUCAUCACCACCACUCGCACCACCACCACCACCACCCCAAGUGUUUGCUCGUGGGGGACCCGCCGCCGCCGCCGCCGCCUCCGUCUGGCCUGCCCUGCUCAGGGGCCCUGCGCGGCUUCCCUUUGCUCCCGGUCCCCCCGGAGGAGGCGUCCGCCUUCAAGCACGUGGAGCGCGCCCCGCCCGUCGCCGCCGCCGCGCUACCCGGAGCUCGUUACGCGCAGCUGCCCCCGGCGCCGGGGCUGCCCGUUGAGCGCUGCGCUCUACCGCCCCUCGACGAGGGCGGGCUCAAAGCCUUUCCGGGUGGUGAGUGCAGCCACCUGCCCGCCGUCAUGCCGGCCUUUACCGUCUACAACGGGGAGCUGCUCUACGGCUCACCAGCCACUGCCGCUUAUUACCCGCUCAAACUGCACUUUGGCGGGCUGCUGAAGUAUCCGGAGUCUAUAUCCUACUUCAGCGGGCCCGCGGCGGCUGCCCUAAGCCCCGCUGAACUGGGCUCCCUGGCCGGCAUCGACCGAGAGAUCGCCAUGCACACUCAGCAGCUGUCUGAGAUGGCGGCCGGGAAAGGUCGCGGCCGCCUGGACUCCGGGACGCUUCCACCGGCUGUCGUGGCGGCGGGCGGCGCUGGGGGCGGUGGCAGCGGGGGAGGCGGCGCAGGCAAGCCCAAGACCGGCCACCUGUGCCUCUACUGCGGCAAGCUGUACUCGCGCAAGUACGGGCUCAAGAUCCACAUGCGGACGCACACGGGCUACAAGCCACUCAAGUGCAAAGUGUGUCUGCGGCCCUUCGGCGACCCCAGCAAUCUCAACAAGCACAUCCGGCUGCACGCCGAGGGCAACACGCCCUACCGCUGCGAGUUCUGUGGCAAGGUGCUUGUGCGCCGCCGGGACCUGGAGCGCCACGUCAAGUCCCGCCACCCCGGCCAGAGUCUGCUUGCCAAGGCGGGCGACGGCUCAGGUGCCGAGCCUGGCUAUCCCCCCGAGCCGGGAGAUCCCAAGAGCGAAGACAGUGACGUGGACGUCUGCUUCACGGAUGACCAGAGCGACCCCGAGGCCGGGGGCUGCGGCGAGCGCGACUCGUAACGAGUCUUCUAGGGAAGAGGCGGGGGGGUUUGUUCUGGGAAAAGGGAACCUCCUGCUGGUGAGGAGGAGGACUCAGUUGACAAAAUGGUUUUAAUUUGGGGGAGGGUGCCAGAUUAGGAGCAGAGAGAGGUCCUAGGUCCAGCGCUGAAACUCAAAGCAAAAGUUCAGAGGCAGCUUAAAGAAAUCCGACCACCUGGGCAGCCAGACGGCGGCCAGUCCCCCCCGCACCCCAGGCCUCUGGACUCCUCGGAUAGGCUCACCCUGAAUUGCACAGGCGGUCUGCUCUUGGGGUUUAGGAUCACAUUAAUGCAAACGCCCUCGAGGGCGAGGACUUUAACUGCCACGUAUUUUGAAAUCGUACUUUUCUGUGCAGGAAAUUGUGCCUUUUGAAACGACGUUUUGUGUGUAUUUUACAUUAGCAUUUCAUUGCAUAGGCAAAACAGUUGUCGCAAUUCGUUAGAUGUGACGUCCAUACACUUGUUUCCAUUUUAUCUGUUCUCAUGUGAAAGUCUAUGCCUUGCCUCAUUGAACAUGUAGUGGUAGCAGGUGUACAAAUUGUUCAAGUUCCAAUUAUUUAUAAGAGAAUAAUGAUAAAUGUAAAAUAUCUAAAGCAUGAAUCUAAGAGCACGCAAUAUAUAAUUUUAAAGAAAAUAUUCUAUUUGGUAGACUACAAAUGUGGUGUAUGUUGUUUUAUAAUGAAUGGUGUACAGUGGAUACAGUAUUUUGAUCUUGGUUCCAGAUUGUGCAAUCUUUAAGAAAAAUAAAGAUACAAACGAGA